AUGGGGGUUCAGUGCUCACUUGCCGACGAAAGGCCUUGUCAGGGCGGCUCACACAAAAUAUUCAAGGUUAUAUUUGAGGAUUCCGUACAGUGGGCAGUUCGAUCCUGCGAUGAUCUCAAUACCUGGAGGUAUGAGUUGCGUGCUAUUGGGAUGUUCCAGUAUAUUAAACAGCAAAACCCAGAGAUGAAAGCGCCAAAUGUCUUCUUCGAACCAGAACACCCUGUCUUGUAUUCAGAGUGGAUUAGUGGUUCGCCACUAGCUACUUGGAACUCCCAGAUACCUCUUAAGAAAUGUCAAACGCUUCUCGAGGACCUUGCGGAGUUCCUACUGCAAUUGUGGACUACUGCAGUUCCCACUGAUUUUAUGCCAGAGAAAAAGCCCCGGUAUUCAGCUUGGCUCACGGAAAGCCUAGACCGAGGUCUCCGACGAACUCUCGCUGGAACUGCUCGAUGGGGUGAUGCCAUUGACUAUCUGAUCAUGAGGUCGAUGAUCCCCUACUAUGCUGGUGAGGACAAGUACACAGAUGUUGGCUUCGCCCAUGGAGACUUGAACGCGUAUAAUAUCAUGAAAGACGAUAACUUCCGCUUGACAGGGUAAGAGCGUGUCAUUUUUCUCAACUUUUUCUCUUUGACAGCUUUAUCUAAUGGAUGGCUCAAAUUCCAUGGUGAUCGACUGGGAUUGGAUAUCUGUCGCACCACUCCCCGCCGUUAUACAUCACCCUUGGCUCAUAGUCGACAUUCCGGGAUGGAGCAAUGAUGGCGUUGCCGAAGGAGAAAGCUUCGAGGAUGAUCGUCGUUACCUUGAGAAGGCAAUCAAAGACAAAGAGAUAUCGCGACAGUUACCGGUUACCGUAUCAACACUGUUGCGUGACUCUGGA